AUGUCUACCACCACACUCUCCGUCCACACAACUCCUUCUGAAGGUGAAAGAAAGAAAGAAAGAAAGAAAGAAAGAAAGAAAGAAAGACCUCACUCACAUGAGAAAGAAAGAAAGAAAGAAAGAAAGAAAGAAAGAAAGAAAGAAAGAAUAAAGAAAGAAAGAAAGAAAGAAAGAAAGAAAGAAAGAAAGAACUCACUGUCCAGAGAAAGAAAGAAAGAAAGAAAGAAAGAAAGAAAGAAAGAAAGAAAGAGUUCAGCUAAUGCAGAAAGAAAGAAAGAAAGAAAGAAAGAAAGAAAGAAAGAAAGAAAGAAAUCAACCCAAAUGGUGGAAUUUCAGCCAGAGGCUGUGCACUAUGGCAGCUCCCCAGUAACAUGCCCUCAGAGGAGGCAAUGCCGCACCAUCGGCUCCCUAAGAGUGGAUGCUGUAGAGACCCAGGAGAGACAAGAAGACCUUCUGGCCCACUGCCUGGGCUUGCAUGUGGAGUGUGCGGACUCUGGGCAGCAGAACUGUACUUGGAAGCAAGGUCUGAACAUUCUUGGAAGCUGCUUAACCACGUCAAUCUGGAUUUUCAUCCCUAAAAAAAGAAAGAAAGAAAAAGACUUUUGCAUGACACCAGGGAUAGGAUUUGACCAUCUCUCAACUCUGAACUUGCAAAGAAGAAUUUAUGCCCAAGUAUCUGGGAUAUCACCACUUAGUUGA